GCUUUCUUUUUUACCCUAACACCAGAACUCUUCAGUCGUCAUAUUUCUUCUCGUCUCUUGUUUAAAUCCAUUUCAAUUCAGUUUCGAUUUACUUGCAUAUGUUCUCCGUUAGAUUUGAAGAUGAGAAGGGCCGUUAAUAUCCAGGACCACCGAAGAUAUGCCCAGCCCGGAACCGGAGGCACAUUAGCCCAUAGCAGCGGCGGCAGCCGCCGCCGCACCGGUGGCAGUGAUCAGAACACUUAUUUUCAUGAGUGGCUUUUGUAUGAGUUGCUGUACAGACUCCCUCUUAAGGCUGUUUUUAGGUUCAAUUGCGUCUCAAAACAAUGGCGUUCCGUCAUCUCCGACCCGAGAUUUCGCACUUUCUAUCUCUCCCGCCGGCAGGGUUCACCGUCUUCAGGUCACAAAUUCGUCUGUUUUUCCCCAAUAGUUGGAUUGAUUGAUGAGAACCCAGAUACCAAAACGUUCAUCACCGGCCAAAUUCCGACUGAAAGUCAUCCGGGGUCUCCAGAGCUUCAGAGGUUUACUUUACCGAGAGCCCUGAGAGGAAGGUUAUCAUCGAAAGAGAAUCAGAGCUUCUGCAUAAAAGCUGCCGACGACAACGGAUUUCUUUUGAUCGCCAGGGAAAGGCCUUCUGUUAAGCCAAUUAUUGUUGAAUUUUGCAUCUGUAAUGCCAUAACCAAGCAGUGGCUUCUCCUCCCUGCUCAUAAGAUUUUAAAAUACUCCGUCAGUGUUGGUUUUGUUACACAGACAAAAGAUGGAAUUCUGACUAGCUUCCGAGUGGUAGUCCUUGUUUGGCCAUACAAUCAGGAGUUUUUUGAUUUGCAGUUGUUUUCUUCAGAAACAGGGAAAUGGAUAGACUUGAGAGUGAGUGGUGAUCGUCCAUGUUUUGUGUAUAAUGGCAGAGCACCUGUUGUCCUAAACAAUACUCUUCACUGGAUGGAUGAGAAUGGAGGAAUCAUAGCCUAUGAUCCUUAUUCCCAUCUUAAUCGUUUCCGCUACAUUGCUCUUCCGAGAGCGUUGUUUAGAAGAUUCAGGAAAUGUAAUAACAGUUGCUUUGUUUAUCAAGGUGAAAAGCUCUGGUUUUUUGAAAAUGUUGAAGCAAGCAUAGAUGGAGCUGUUGCGGGACUGAAGUUAUGGGAACUCCAGGAUAACCAUCAUCAAUGGCUCCUUAAACAUGAUAUCAGGUUUGAAGAUAUUAUGUUUCCAAGUUCUCCUAAUGGUGAUGAUGGUUUCCUCUACUCGAGUAAAUAUGCCGCUGCAUUCGCAUCCUUCCAUCCAUUUGAUCCAGAUGUAAUCUACUUAUAUUGGGGGUCAUCCAAGGGCAUCAUGUCAUUCGACAUGACAACCAGGAGGUUGGAAUCACUGAAUUGGUCAUCUUGGAAGGAAGGACAUUCCUGGACGAAAUUUCUCUUUCGAGUUGUUCCAUUUUGGCCCAUCUCCAUUCCAGGUUCUCUUAAGUUUAUUAGGAGCUGAAGAUGAUGCUGUAUCAUAAUGUCAUGAAUUUAGGUUGGACCGUAGGUAGUUUCUUUCUUGAAUUAAGCAUUUUGCAUUUGCAUAUUUAUAGGGUUGUGGUUCUAUCUUAAACUUUGUCCAAGUUCAGGAAAGUUAAUCUUUCUUUUGUUUCUCCAUAGAUAUGAAGGUUGAAAAGUAGAUCAAACUAGUGAUUAUGAUGCACUGGAUAUAGUUCUUUUUGCUUAGAAUCAAUGCUGGACAUCAAGCAGUCAUAAAAAUGCAUGAAUUGUCAACUCAGUUUAUGAUGUUUUUCCCCUGAUAAAGAAGACGGAAAUGUUUGCAUUAAUUAGUCGUAACAAGCCAACACUGAAUGAUAACCAAAGUAUAGGAGUCGACAUGGUUUCUUCUUGGAUAAAUGUUUUGGGAAUACAGUGGAAAUUCCUGAAUGAUGCUAUUUUCUACUCUCUUGAG